GAGAAGAAAAUAUCAUCACUCACAAAUACAAGAAGAAACUAUGGUGAUGAUAUGGGAAAAUGUUACAGUUGAACUCAGAGAUGCUAGUUUUGGAGAACACAAGAAGAAGUUGCUCAGUGGAAUCACUGGUUUUGCUGAACCUGCUACGAUUAUGGCUGUCAUGGGUCCUUCUGGCUGUGGCAAAACCACCUUCCUUGACUCUUUCACUGGAAAACUUUCUCCAAAUGUUGCAGUAACAGGAAACAUUCUAAUCAAUGGAAAGAAGCAAAGCUUGUAUUCAAGAGAAGUGUCGUACGUGGCUCAAGAGGAACUUUUCUUGGGAACUUUGAGUGUGAAAGAGACCCUCACAUACUCUGCGAACAUGAGGCUUCCUUCUAAAAUGACCAAAGAAGAGAUAAACAAAGUGGUUGAAGAAACCAUUAUGGAAAUGGGUUUGGAAGAAUGUGCACAUAAUAGGAUUGGAAAUUGGCAUUCUCGUGGUAUUAGUAAUGGUGAAAAGAAGAGACUUAGCAUUGGCCUUGAGAUUUUAACACAACCCCAUGUCUUACUUCUUGAUGAACCUACUAGUGGACUUGAUAGUGCCUCUGCUUUCUAUGUGGUUCAAGCUCUAUGCCACAUUGCUCGCAAUGGAAAGAUUGUUAUCUGUUCCAUUCACCAACCAAGUAGUGAGAUUUUUGAUUUGUUUGAUGAUUUGCUUUUGCUCUCAAGUGGGGAAACUGUUUAUUUUGGAGAAGCAAAAAUGGCUCUAAAGUUUUUUGCCGAUGCAGGGUUUCCCUGUCCUACCAGAAGAAAUCCUUCAGAUCAUUUCCUUUUGUGUAUUAAUUUGGACUUUGACUUGAUUGCUGAAACGCUACAGAGAACACAAUUAAGUUUGGCAACAACAUCAAAUUCAACAAUGGGAAUGAGAACAUCAGAGAUCAGAAGGACACUCAUUGAGAGUUACAAAAAUUCAAAGCUAAUAAUCGAUGCAAGGAGAAAAAUUCAACAUCUCAAACCCAAUGAAGAGCAAGAAAUUAGGCCCAACAGAGGUAGCAGCACCACAUGGAGGAAGCAAUUGUGUGCAUUGACCAAGCGUUCUUUCCUAAAUAUGACUAGAGACAUUGGUUACUACUGGCUGAGGAUAAUAUUCUACAUUAUGGUAGGAGUCACUGUUGGCACCCUCUUUUAUCAUAUUGGCACUGGCAACAACUCAAUCUUGGCGAGAGGAAAGUGUGUUUCCUUCAUCUAUGGCUUCAUGAUUUGUUUGUCAUGUGGGGGAUUACCAUUUUUCAUUGAAGAAUUGAAGGUGUUCUAUGGUGAAAGGUCGAAAGGGCAUUAUGGAGAGGCUGUAUUUGUAGUAUCAAACAUGAUAUCAUCAUUCCCUUUCCUUGUUCUAAUAUCUCUCUCCUCCGGAAUAAUCAUCUACUUCAUGGUGCAAUUUCAUCCAGGUUUAUCAAAUUGUGCAUUUUUCUGCAUCAACUUAUUAUGCUGCUUAUCUGUUGUUGAGUGCUGCAUCAUGAUUGUAGCCUCAUUGGUCCCCAAUGUGCUGAUGGGCAUAGGAAUAGGAACUGGUGUCAUUAUUUUCAUGAUGAUGCCCUCCCAAAUAUUCAGAUCAUUACCUGAACUUCCAAAGUUCUUUUGGCGCUAUCCCAUGUCCUACCUCAGUUUUGCUUCUUGGGCAGUGCAGGGACAAUACAAGAAUGACAUGUUAGGGGUUGAAUUUGAUCCUUUGCUGCCUGGAGGUCCCAAAGUUAGUGGAGAAACGGUGCUAUCAACUGUGUUUGGGGUUCCAUUGGAUCAUGGCAAAUGGUGGGACUUAACAGCAUUGGUAACCGUAUUAUUAGUUCACAGAUUGGUUCUGUAUUUGGUGCUUCGGUUUGUCAAAAUAUCUAAAUCGCCAAAGCUGUGGUUUUAUGCCAAGAAAAGUAUACACCUUGCAGAAAGAUGUUUAUCCAAUAACAAGCUUUCUAUCUCUAACAGGAAACAAGCUCAGCAUCCAUUAUCGUCUCAAGAGGGUCUUAUGUCCCCAAACCUUCCAAUAUAAUACUUUCAUAUGAUUAUGUAAAUCAUCUGUCAGAAUUGACAUGAACAACCCCUAAGCAUCUUUGAUAUAAAUCUGUUGAUUAGUACAUCUCAUUAAGCAUAUAAAUGGAAUUAGUUCCUUUCCCGAUAAUGAGUAUAAUUCGAGGCAUGCUUUCAUGUAUUAAGGAAAAAAUGUAUUUAUAAACUACUAAACUAGUCUGAAUGAA